AUGGGCCAGUUCUACGACGAGAUCCCUGAGACACACAUUGCGUGGAUCAAGAAGCAAGAGAUGUUCUUCGUCGCCACCGCGCCCCUCAGCGCUGACGGGCACGUCAACGUCUCUCCUAAGGGCGUUCGUGACUCAUUUCAUGUCGAGAGCAGGAGCAGGGUGUGGUACGAGGAUCUCAGUGGGAGUGGCAUCGAGACUAUCUCGCACCUGAAGGAGAACAAACGUAUCACGAUCAUGUUCUGCGCGUUGGAGGGCGCGGCGCGCAUCUUGCGCAUCUGGGGCACGGGCAGGGUGUUCGAGUUCGGCACCCCGGAGUACGAGGAGCUCAUUCCCUCGGAGAAACGCAUGACAGGGUCGCGCGCAGCGAUCGUCGUGGACGUGCACAAAGUCGGCACAUCCUGUGGGUACGCCGUUCCAAUCUACACCUUCAAGUCCCAUCGGUCCGCUCUGCUCACGUGGUCCGAGAAGAUGGAGAAGCUCGACGAGGACUUCGCGGCCGACCCCACCGCCUGCCCGCACGGUCCCGAAGCACUCCCCCGCAGUAUGAAGUGGUGGUGGGCCGGCUGGAACCUCCGCUCGAUCGACGGCUUGCCUGGACUGGACACCGCACAUGUGGUGGACGCCGUGCCCAGAAUGGGCGAGGAGGCGAAGAGGGGCUUGAAAGCGCAGGGCGCCGCGCCCGAGCCGCCGAGCGACGGGACUGUGGUGAUCUUGGGAAACCGGGUGCCCAGGGCGGGGAGGUGGGAGGCGGCGUUGGGGAGGUUGACGCCGGCUAGUGGGGAGGAGGCUGUGAGGCUGGUGCUGGCUUGUUCGCUGGGAAUGGCGAUUGCGGCUAUUUGUGUGGGGGUGGUGGGAAUGAGGACGUGUUGA